UGCUCAGGAACCUAAACCAAAAGCUAAACUCAGACGAGAGAGGAGACACAUUGUGUGUACUGGAAGAAUGAAAUGAAAUAAAAAAGUUUUCACACUCUUUAUUUUUGUGUCGGACUGAAGAAUCUAAUAAUGGCCCUACAAAAUGGAAUGGGACGUUGAUUUUUGCAAGCAUUUUGCUUGGCUGAAAAAGGUCAACGUGCAAGGCCCAGGCAACGGUGAGAGCUACCAGGAGCGUCUGUCUCGUCUAGAAGGGGAUAAAGAGUCUCUUGUUUUACAGGUGAGUGUUUUGACACAUCAGGUGGAGGCUCAGGGAGAGAAGAUCAGAGACCUAGAGAAUUCUCUUGGGGAAUAUCAGCGCAAACUCAGCUGCACUGAGCAGAUGCUUCAACAGGAACUUCUGGGCAGGAGUUCUCUAGAGUCACAGAAGUGGGGGUUGAUGAAGGAAGUGUCCUAUCUAAAACUAAAACUGGGGAACAUGGAGGACAAACACAUCAACAUUGCUGAGAGACAACAUAAAGCUGAGAGCGUAGUGAAUCUGAUUAGCGAGCUUCAGGAGCAGAUGUGUAGGAUUCGGCAAGAGAUCUCUAGUAAGAUCCCAGAGAAGCCAGUGGAGAUGGUCCCAGAGGAAUGUUGUAGCAGUGACCAAGUGCAAGCCUUUCUGACUGAGCCAAAGCCAGUGAACUUGCUCCAGGAGCUCAAGAUGCUCAAACAUCGAGUUGAUGAGCUGGAACAAGAGAAGAUGCAGUAUGAGCAGAAACUCAAGGUGACACAGGCAGAGAUCAUGAGUUUACAGCAGCUGUUAAGCUGUAAGAACUCUGAAAUAGAGAAUUUACAGGCUCAGCUGCUCUCCAGUACUCCAGGGUCUGUGGACAGUGCAGAUAGAGAGGAGAUAUACAGAAGAAGACUCAAUACCAAACAUCAGGAGCUACAAAGGUUAAAGACAGGAAUGGAGUCACUUAUUACUGCCAAUAAUGAAAAGGAUCGUCGAAUAGAAGAGCUCUCUCUCCUCCUCAGCCAGUUUAGAGAGAUGAAUGAAAUCAUUACUUUAGUUCAAGGCCCUGGAGACAAAUCAGUACAGAACAGCAGCAAAGAUGAAAAGCAGAAUGGGACUGUAAAGAUGAAGCCUUUAACACAUACAGCUCACACUGAGUUGACCUUCAGUAGCUCAUCUUCUCUACUGCUGUCUUCAUUUUCACCUCAGAAAGACGCAAACUCCAGGUCCAUCAGUAUGGAGGACUUUAAAGACAGCUCAGCACAAAAGGCUGUGGAUGGGACACUGGUAGUGCCCGUUUUAUCAGAGGAGAUUCGACCAGCAGAUAAAAUACAUCAGACACUUCCAGCAAUUUUGAGUCACCCAGAGAAUAGAGACAGUGAGACGAGUGACACAUCCGACCAGAGGACUCCAGAAAACAAAAAUGAAGACAUCAACCUUAGAAUUUCAGAGAAAAUGAAGGACACAACCACAUCUGAUCUUUCUUCAGUGUGUUGUAGAGCCGACUCUGGCCAGCAGUCUCCUGUGUUACAGGAAAACAUAAAAAAUACUAGCAUUCGCAAACUUUGGGGAAAGAUGAAGAGGACAGGUGUUCUGUCAGAUGACUUGGAGCCCACUCAGUUCAGGAGAGGAGGCUUCAGGGCUACAGCUGGGCCACGGCUAACACGGACACCUGACUCUGGACACUCAUCUCGUUCCCACAUACCCUUCUCUAAGUGGUCGACAGAGCAGGUGUGUGGUUGGCUGGAAGACUGUGGUUUGGGUCAGUAUGUCAGUUUGGCCCGUCAGUGGGUUGAUAGUGGACAAACACUCCUCUCUGCCACCCCACAGGAGCUUGAAAAGGAGAUUUGUAUUAAACAUCCUUUGCACAGAAAGAAGCUGCAACUCGCUAUAAGAGCUUUUAGUAACAAGACAAUGGAGAAAUCGUCAGAACUGGAUCACAUCUGGGUUACACGUUGGCUUGAUGACAUUGGUUUACCACAGUACAAAGACCAGUUCUACGAAAGCAAGGUAGAUGGGCGCAUGCUACAGUAUCUCACAGUGAAUGAUCUCUUGUUCUUGAAAGUCACUAGUCAACUCCACCAUCUGAGCAUUAAAUGUGCCAUCCAUGUCCUCCACGUCAACAAGUUUAACCCAAACUGCUUGAGACGCAGGCCAGGGGAUGAGAAUAAGACAUCACCCUCUGAGGUGGUGCAGUGGUCUAACCAUCGAGUGAUGGAGUGGUUGAGGUCAGUGGAUUUGGCUGAAUAUGCUCCAAACCUAAGAGGCAGCGGCGUUCAUGGAGGCCUAAUUAUCCUAGAGCCUCGCUUUUACUCUGAGACCUUGGCCAUGCUGCUUAACAUCCCUCCUCAGAAGACCCUCCUCAGACGCCACCUAACCACCAACUUCAGCACACUGGUUGGGCUCCAGGCCCAACAGGAGAAGCAAGAGUUUGCCAAUGCCAGUGGGCACACACCCCUAAACACCACUGCCAAAGUCAGGCCAAAAAAACUUGGUUUUACUCACUUCAGACAACUGAGAAAGCUCAGGAUGGAUGAAUCUGCAGAUUACAUCUGCCCCAUGGAAACAGGGACCCCACCAGUCCUUAGUGGGACACCAAAGCGGCCUUACGCAAGUUUCAGGGGCAUCAGCCCUAUCCUGGCCAGAGACUCAGACAGACUUGAGCAAGUUGGGUCAAAGAGCUGAUUCACUGCUUCCUGAAUUCAACCAAUUUUGGCCAAAUAAUGCUGUGCUUACUGCCACUAACACUAUCAAAUGCAGCAAUGCAGUAACUCCACCCUGCUGCUCGAAUCUCAGCAUUAACAAGUAGGAGAAGCACAGAAUUGAUAAUUCAGGGUGUCAUCUGGAUAUGCUGGAAAAGACUGACCAUGGACUCCUCAAAAAAAAAAAGAAAACAUCAGAAAUUAUUAUUCUUAUUAUUUGUCUUUGUCUA